UUUAGUACACGUUUAAUCUAAAAACUAAGUAAAAUGCGCUCUGUGCUUGUUGCUUUUCUAAUACUCUGCUGUGGCUUAGCCCUGACUUGGGCUGGAACUCUCCGUCUUUCCGAGGACUAUUCUACCGAGGAUCGCAGACCCAGUUGGACGCACAGACACUCCUCCUUGUGGCCCUGUGAUGUGGCAGAUUAUCCGGAGGCCUAUGUUUUGAUGCACAAGGUGGAAAAGCGUUUGGAACGCAUCGACAAUGAUCAGUUGAAAAACCGCAUCGUUCAGUAUGUUACCCAACAACUGAGACAAUGCAAAUCGGGCCAACAAAUGGAUGAGCACUGUGUUAAACGCUCCAUUGGCUAUGCCAUGUCUUUCAUCAAUCACCACAAGGAAAACUCUUUGACGGAAUAAGUUUAUCAAAAUAAACACACAAAAAAUAUAUAAAAAAAAA